AUGAGCUCGACGACCAAGGAGAUCCCGUGCAAGGACUACAUCGUCCAGGUCGGCCAUGGCCUCCUCGCCUCCGUGCCCGGCCAGCUCAAGACGCUCCUGCCCAAGGUCGGCAGCUACAUGGUCAUCUCCGACUCGAACGUCGCGCCGCUCUACGCCAAGACGCUCCUCGCCGGCUUUACCGACCGCGUCGAGCUCUACGUCAUUCCCGCCGGCGAGGCGAGCAAGUGUCGCCGCAUGAAGCAGACCAUCGAAGACUUCAUGCUCGCCAAGCGCUUCCACCGCGACUGCUGUGUCGUAGCACUCGGCGGCGGCGUCGUCGGCGACCUCGCGGGCUACGUGGCCGCCACCUACAUGCGCGGCGUGCCCUUUGUUCAGAUCCCGACGUCGCUGCUUGCCUGCGUCGACUCGUCGAUUGGCGGCAAGACUGGCAUUGACGUCGAAGCCGGCAAGAACCUCAUCGGCGCGUUCCACCAGCCCAAGCGCGUCUUCGUCGACCUCUCGCUCCUCGCAACGCUCCCGAAGCGCGAACUCAUCAACGGCAUGGCCGAGAUCAUCAAGGCCGGCGCCAUCUUUAGCGAGCCGCUCUUUUCACUCCUCGAGACCAACGUCGACGCGAUUCUCUCGCUGCAAAAAGACAUUGUCCUCGACGUCGUCGCGCAGUCGAUCGCCGUCAAGACGACAGUCGUCAACCUCGACGUCUCCGAGCAGGGCAUUCGCGCGAUUCUCAACUUUGGCCACAGCAUUGGCCAUGGCAUCGAAGCCAUCAUGCAACCCGAGCUCCUCCACGGCGAGUGCGUCGCGAUCGGGAUGGUCAAAGAAGCCGAGAUCGCACGGGGCAUGGGCCUCUGCUCGUCGGCGACCGUCGGGCGCCUCCUCCGCUGCAUCAAGGCGUUCGGCUUGCCCGUGCGCGUGCCGUCGCGGUCGCCGUCCCAUGUAGUCUUGACCAACAUGGAAGUCGACAAGAAGAACUCGGGCGCGCUCAAGAAACUCGUACUGCUCACGUCAAUCGGUGCCGUGCACUCGAAUCCGUACACGGUCGCCGUCGACGACGCGCGCAUUUUGCUUGUGCUCGAGCCGCAGGUGAUGGUGCAGCCCAAGGGGCCGCUACAGGGCUCCGUGCACGUGCCUGGCUCCAAGUCGAUUUCCAACCGCGUCCUCUUGCUCGCUGCGCUUGGCAAAGGGACGUGUCGCAUUUCGGGCUUGCUGCAUUCGGACGACACGCAAGUCAUGAUGGACGUGCUCCAAUACCUCGGCUGUGGCUUUGCAUGGGAAGACGACGGCAAUGUGCUCGUUGUGCAUGGCACGGGCGGUGUCUUCCCCAAGACGAUGCCAACCCACUGGUACCUCAGCAAUGCAGGCACGGCCGCGCGCUUCCUCACGUCCGUCGCAACCUUUUGCGGCGCUGAGAUUACGCUGACGGGCAACCACCGCAUGCAGGAGCGGCCGAUCGCCGACUUGGUCGAUGCGCUCAACACAAACGGUUGCCAUAUUGCCUACGACAAAACGUCGGGGUGCCCGCCGCUGCGCAUCACGCCGACGGGGCUGCCCGGUGGCCCCAUGCGCAUGCAGGGCAAGGUCAGCAGCCAGUACGUCUCGUCCGUGCUGCUCAGUGCGCCGUACGCGUCAUCGCCGCUCGACUUGCUCCUCGAAGAAGACGCGCCGACGUCCCUACCGUACAUUCUCAUGACGACGCAGCUCAUGGCCGACUUUGGCAUUCGCGUCCAGCAAACCGGCGCCAACCGCUUCUUGGUGCCCCGGGGUGUCUACACCAACCCGGCGACCUACCACGUCGAGGUCGACGCGAGCUCGGCGACGUACCCGCUGGCGCUUGCGGCGAUCACGGGCGGACGCGUCACGGUGCCUGGCCUUGGGUCGACGUCGACGCAGGGCGACGCGGCCGUGCACACGGUGCUGCAAGCGAUGGGCUGUACGACGGGCCAGGACGCGCACUCGACGUGGGUGCAAGGCCCGGCGUGUGGCACCUUGCAGGCGGUCAACGUCGAUAUGAUGACGAUGACGGACGCCUUUAUGACGGUUGCGGUCGUCGCGGCGGCGGCCAACGGCAAGACGACCAUCACCGGCAUCGCCAACCAGCGAGUGAAGGAGUGCAACCGGAUUGAAGUGAUGGUCCAGGAGCUCGCCAAGUGCGGCGUGCUCUGCGGCGAACUGCCCGACGGCAUUUGGAUCCAGGGCCUUGGCGGCAAGGCUCCGAUCUUUCCCCAAACGCUGGCCAAGAUUGCGUGCCACAACGACCACCGGAUCGCCAUGUCGUUUGCAGUCCUCGGGGCGGUCUGGCCCAAUAUUGUCAUCACGGACAAGGAGUGCACAGACAAGACGUUUCCGUCGUUCUGGGACGAGUGUGCGUCGAGCCUCGCCAUGUCGCUGACGUCGCCCACCACGUCGGGUCUGCAGUCGACCACAAGCGCGCUGCCCCGCUACGUCUUUCUCAUUGGCAUGCGUGGUGCCGGCAAGACGUCGCUUGGCAAGGCGGCGGCCGCAACCUUUGGCCUCGACUGGAUCGAUACGGACGAGUACCUCGAGAAGCAUGUGUUUCACUCCACUGUCAAGGAGUACGUGGCCGUUCACGGCUGGGACGCGUUCCGUGCCGCCGAAGUCGCGUGUCUUGAGCAGUGGAUGGCGAGUGCGCCGUCCUCGUCCGGUCCGACGACGAUCAUUUCGUGUGGCGGCGGCCUUGUGGAGUCGUCUGCGGCCGUCGCGAUGCUCCAAGCCUACCCGCUCGUGGUGCAUGUGGAGCGAGCGAUUGCCGACAUUGAGGCAUACCUGGCGACGGACGCGGCGCGACCGGCGUACGGCGAAUCGGUGCUCGCGGUGUGGACCCGCCGGCAGCCGCUGUUUACGGCCGCAAGCCAGUACCACUUUACCGUCUCGGCUGGCGAUUUCGACUUUGCGCGCAUCAGUGCGGACUUUGGCCGCUUCCUCGCGGUCGUCUUGCGCCGGUUCAAUGUCGCGAGCUUGACGCGCAUCCCCGACUCGUACUUUUUGAGCCUCACGUCCCCGAACUUGCACGCGGUCACCAAGGCGGACUUGGGUGUACUCGCGACCGGGGUGCACGCGCUCGAGCUUCGCGUCGACCUCCUCGCGUCCACGGAGCAUGCGUUUGUCGCCGACCAAGUCGCGCGUCUUCGGGCGCUCUCGCCGCUUCCGAUCAUCUACACGGUCCGGUCGCUCAACCAAGGCGGCGCGUUUCCUGAUGCGCCGGCAGACAUCUUUGAUCUGCUCCGGCUCGGUCUGCGUCUCGGUUGCGAGGUCGUCGACAUGGAGUGCUGCUGGGAGAGUGCGCUGCAGGCGAGUCUCCUCGAGGCCAAGGGUGGGUCGGCGAUCCUCGCGUCGUACCACGCAAUCCAAUCGCGCUCGACCAAGGAAAAGACUGCAGAGCUCUUUGAUCUGUGCGCGUGGCAAGGCCAGGUCGACAUUGCCAAGGUUGUCCUCAAGGCGUAUGACAUUUCCGACGCGUACAUGAUCCACCAAGUGCUCGCCGAGUGCAAAGCGCGCUGGUCAUUUGACAUGCCCACGAUUGCGGUGUGCACGACGCCGUCCGGAUCGCUCAGCCGCGUUCUGAACCGGACGCUGACGCCCGUGACGCACCCCGCUCUGCCCGCCGCCGCCGCGCCCGGUCAGCUGUCGGUCGCCGAGAUUGAGACGCUGCGCCAGACGCUGGGCAUGGCGCCAGGCUUGCGCUUCUACUUGUUUGGGAACCCGAUCGCCCACUCGCCGUCGCCCGCCAUGCACAAUGCAGCCUUUGCGGCGUUGCAGCUGCCGCACACGUACGACCUGCUCGAGUCGAAUGAUAUCAGCGUGUACAAGAAUGUCCUUGAGAACCCGAGCUUUGGUGGCGCGUCGGUGACGAUUCCGCACAAAGUCGACAUCAUUCCAUUUCUGCAGCAGCUGAGUCCGGCGGCGACGGCCAUUGGUGCAGUCAACACCGUCGUUGUGAAUCGCGCGACCAAGCGCCUUGAAGGUGACAACACGGACUGGCUCGGCAUCUACCGGCCGAUCGCGCGUCGCCUCUCGACCACGGAUGGCAACGCGCUCGUGAUUGGCGCGGGGGGCACCGCGAUGGCGGCCUGCUAUGCGCUGCAGCAGCUCGGGCUACGUGUGUUUGUCUACAACCGAACGCUGGCCAAGGCGAGCGAGGUCGCGUCACGCUUUCACAGCACCGCCUUGCCGUCGCUCGAGGCGGUGCCGACGAUGCAAGUGGUCGUCGGUACGAUCCCUGCCAGUGCUGGCUUUACGUUGCCCGACGCACUACUGCACAAGGCGCUGAUCGUGAUGGACGCCGCGUACAAACCCGCGAUUACCCCGAUGCUGGCGCACGCGAGUCGCUUUGGCUGCGUGUGCAUCCAGGGCUACGAGAUGCUGGUCGAGCAAGGUCUUGAGCAGUCCAAGCGCUGGACAGGCACGAGUGUUGCCAUUGAUGUUCUUGCCAACGUCGUCAAGGCGCGCUUCGACUCGGCCGAGAUCCUGCCCGGCGGCCUCUAAGGACAAGCUACGUUUUUAUUCUGGAAUCGCAGAUCUCGACGAACUAACAUUUUGCGAUCUUGACAAGGAGAGUGAUGGUCAUUUUGCGGAAUGUGUGUGAUUUGGAAGAUCCUGUAUCCUAAUCCCAUGUCCUGGUUCCAACACGCAGCCGGACUUCUACGCACUGAGUAGCUCCUUGGCGAUACCUCC